AGGACGUUCACGCACGGCGUUGCUGAGUGUUUUUCUCUUGAUGGGCUGGUCGUUCGCAACGUACAGCAGCGUUUUGUUGAUUUUGGUUUAUGUCAAACCAUCAGUGUGAGAGAGAAAGAGAGAGGGCAAGCAGCUAAAUUGUGACAGCUCGCUUUUUAUGUACGGGCAUUUUGAAGUGAAAAAAAGUUCAUCAUUUAGACAUUACUAAACUGCGAAGUUAAAGAAGAACACUGUGAAAAAAACGAAUAAACAACAAACGGUUCUAAGCCAUCUAUCCACAACACAAAGGAUUUGAGUCCUGUUUAACGGAAGGAGUAGUGUGUUUUGGAAAGUUUUCUUCAACAGUGUACGUUGUGUGUAUCGAAAAAGAUCAAUCGUUCGGUUCGUCGAUAAAUUUGUCCCCCAGCCAGGACUACGAUGGAAGGGCUUACAGUGGCUUCGGCGGAUGACGAUUCCGCUGCGGAUGGUGGCGGUGGGGGAGGCGCAGCAGGGAGCGAUGUAAGCAACGAAGAAACCCGAAGAUGCAAUGCCCAUCGAGCUGCCAGACCACCCAUAGGCUGUGGAGGACCCAAAACUAGCAACACGUUGACGACGGGAAUGGCGGGAACAAUGAUGGUCGGUUGUGGUGGCGGUGGUGGAGGCGGAGGAGGAGUUCACAACCGGAAGAAAAAGCAACAACAACGACAGCAGCAGCAGCUACUGUUGUUGCAUCAACACCAACAGCAGCAACAACUACAGCUGCAUGGAGGAGGUAAAAAGCAGAAGAAGCAACAGAAGUGGAAAGCUAACAAGUACCGCGGGGGAAGGGGAGGCGGCCUAGAUCGGAAAGCCGGUACGGCGAGAGGACGAAAUGAGGAUAUGCCUUCGAACAAUGGUAUCUUGGCCAGUGAAGAUGAUCCAGGAGUAGCUGGCGUUGUUGGUGGAACGUUACCGGCCUCUGGUGAUACCCAAAAUCAACCGCAAUCUGAGCAACCCGGAUCUUUUCAUCAACUUCAUCAGGGCGUCGGCAAGAGCAAUGCACAAUCUACUCUGCAGUCGAGCAGCAUAGCGCAACAGGGGUCCCACCCACACCAACAAACAUCUUCCGUCGGUUCCCAACAGCAGCAAGGUCAUGGCGGUCCACAGCCGCUAGCUGCCGUACAAUCACAGAAGGGCAAACAUUCAAAGCAGCAGAACCUCAGCCCGAUGGGCCUGCGGAACAAGCGGCUCCAGUCCGUGUCGAAGUUUUUUCUCCCCGAUAAGCGCCCGCGCAAAGACUGCAUCGUACCACCGACAAAGUUCCUGCUCGGUGGCAACAUCUCCGAUCCGCUCAAUCUCAACAGCCUCCAGAACGAGUCCGAGAAUGCCGUCACACCGAAAUCGUCCCCCAUACCGACACCGCCGCACUAUAAGGCGAAGAUCGAGGUGAUCAUUCCGCCGAACAUUAACGAUCCGCUGCAUUUGCUCGAUCCGGUCGAUUCGGUUGAGUACGAGAUGCAACUGUGUUCACCAAUGAAACGGAAGCAGCGACCGCGCAACAAACGUAAGCGCAAAUCACGUACCGCUACGGACAGACAUUUGGACGGACCGCCUCUGCUGGCAGCGGAUCAGCUUCCUCCACCAACGGGCGCGGUGGUGGAAGGCAGGGAGGGUGUAGGGCAGGGACUGGAAGAGGCGGCCACCGCAGAAGAGGCGUCAUUCACUGGCAUCGGACAGAAGUUUGGCGAGUCCACUAGUGGUGAUUCACGAAAUCCGCUGGCGACGGAUGGAUUUCCCUUUCCGGACACGGGUGCCUCGCAUCAUCAUCAUCAUCAUCAUCAAUAUCUAGCCCAGCAGCACCAGCAGAGUGGUCUUCUAGUUCAGCAAAGUAAUUACACUGCUGGUCCUGGCGCUGGAGGAUCUUCUUUAGCAGGGUUUGGCAGUAGUGUGCACGUUGGUGCCAGUGGAAGCACUGCGACCGGAAACGUCACACAACCGGACCAGCUGGAUCGCGAGCGGGAAAAAGCGAUGCGAAACCUCAAGCUCGAUCUCGAAAGUGCUGGUGGGCGGAAGCGGCGCACCAGCGAGAGUACAAACAGCACCAAGAACAAGCUCCGGCGAAUGGACUCGAUGGACAAGAUCGUGAGUCCCGUGAUUCCACAGCCGGGCGGUUGGAAACGGGCGCACUGGCCAGCGAACGCAGGUGGUAGCGGAGCGGCAGGCAGUGCCGGUCGCAAUCGGACACGCACCUUUUCCACUGCCUCGAACACCGAAGAGCAACAUGGCGACGGGGAGGGGGGUACUGCAAACGAUGCUCCACAAAUUGUUCUAGACACAAAUCGUCAUCAAUCGGUCGAAAGGUCAAACUCACUUUCGGCUAGUGGUGGGGCGGUUGGUGUUGGGCUGCCAACGGAUGUUGCACGGGGCCCAGAAGAGUUGGCAACUCAGCAGGUUAAACCGGCAGGCUCGACUGAUGAAGAGCACCAAGGGGGAGGGGAGCGUACCGGUGGCACGGUCAGUAUCAUUCCUCGUCCGCUGACGGCUCUUGCAGCCUCGAGUAGAUAUCACUAUGGAAACUACGAUCGUUACUAUGGCUACCAUAGCUUGAACGAGUUUAUAGACGUGCGGUUGAAGGUGUUUUUGCGCAACCCGUACCUGUUUCGCGAUAAGGAUAUCCUGGAUAUUGGCUGCAACGUUGGCCUGAUGACAAUCGCAGUAGCAAAGAUGCUGCACACGAAAACAAUCACCGGCAUCGACGUGGAUGGCAAGUUGAUUGCGAAAGCACGUAAAAAUCUGGCCAACUACGUGCGGCUACCGAAGAAGACCAUGUCUGCAAUGGCCGGACGGAGAGCGAUAUCAACAGCAAGUGCCACCGUCACCUCCGAUAGGCAGCAAAAGCACGAGCACGAACUAAAGGAUGAAGAUCUACCGACACCAAACAUUAGUGCGGCCACGGCACCGUUAGCGACACCCAUGCACGUACCGGAACUACCAGCAGGAGACAGGAUAGAGAGUUGCACUGACGACGGAGCAACAGGUGGUACCGAUGAGAUGCUUGAAGGGCUGAUCAAGUCUUCCGAUUCUGUAUCGGUUGCGACCGAUCCUGACGAAAGCGUUGCAAAUGUUGCGAAAAUCGAAACGGAGCAACCGGCUACUACCACCUUGGGGGAAGCGGCUGGGCAGGACGAACCACAGCUAUUAGCCGAAGAUCCGGAGCAAGCUAAACAGUUUGAGUUAAAGCAUUCCGCUUUGGUGCAGCGCUUAAGGCAGAAACGUCACCGGAAGCAGUUCGGUGGGAAACAUCAGAAGAAGAAUCAACAUCACCACCAGCAUCACUUACGCCACGGUAGUAGCGCUAACCAAGCGACCGCCGGUGGCCGGGGGAAAACAGAAUACGCACACUACUUUCCCAUCUCGUUUCCGCUUACGAUGGGAAAUCUGAGCGGAAAGGAAUAUCAGAUGGACAUCGGAAGGCCGGAAAAUAAAUUCCCCCAUAAUGUUCGGUUUAAAACGAUGAACUACGUUGUCAAAGAUGAGUCGUUCAUCAACAACGACACCCAACAGUACGAUCUGAUACUGUGCCUUUCCGUGACCAAAUGGAUUCACCUCAACUACGGGGAUGCGGGUCUCAAAAUAGCUUUCAAAAGGAUGUUUAACCAUCUCCGGCCAGGUGGUAAACUCAUCCUGGAAGCCCAAAACUGGGCCAGUUAUAAGAAGAAGAAAAAACUAACGGAAACUAUUUUCGAAAACUAUAAGAACAUUGAGUUCUUUCCUAAUCGCUUCCACGAUUACUUGCUCAGUCCCGAGGUUGGAUUUAGUCACAGCUAUCCGCUGGGGAUACCGCGCCAUUUAAGCAAAGGUUUUCGAAGGCCUAUACAGCUUUACAUAAAAGGUGAUUUCACGCCGUCCCAGGCAAAAUGGAGUGAUACGUAUCAUCCGGGAACACCGUACGAAAACCAUCGCGGUAUUUACACGGACAUUGUGACCGCUUCGCAAACGGCUGGCAACUGCAUUUGGGGUGCAAUGACCCCGUACGCACCGAGUUACAGCUAUCGGCAGCCAUCAACCCCCUCACACGUUGGCGGUAGUGGUGGAAGUGGUGGUGGUGGUGGUGGCGGCGGCGGUAGUGGCAGUGGUGGUGGUAGUGGGGGAUUCGCCUGUACCUCUCCGUACUACAAUCCGCGUCAAACGGACAGCUAUCUGCCGAGUUACGAUAAUAUUGGCAACAAUCAUCGCCCGGGAAGCUACUGCUUCGCGUCGCCACUCUACUACUCGACCACCUGGUCGCCUCCUUCGGAGAUGAUGGCAACGAGUGGUGGUGGCGGUGGAUCGUAUCGCCGGUCCGCUUCAAACACGCCCAACUCGGCCAGUAUCAGAAGCACGGAUAACGAUGAACAUUAUUAUGCCGGUGCGGCAGGAGGUGGUGGCAGCCAGCGACGUCAUCACGUGUAUCCACCGAUCGAUGUGUUUUCGCCAAUGCUCGGGCACGAGCAUAUGCGGUCCUCGGGCAGUUUCCGCAAUGGUGGUGGAGGUGCUAUGACCGAUUCAGACUCGGAACCCUCGUCGAAUUCGGCUUCGCAAACUCCCACACGGCAGCAGCAGUUCCUGACGGACGAUCAAUCUAAUUCGCCAAGUGGCCAUUCUCAGCCUGAUAAGUAAAAUGUAUGCCGCCGCGAGGAUACAUUUGCCCCUGUGAUCGUUUUUUUUUUAAAACAAACUAUCAAAUCAGCCACAUUCGAAGAAAAUGAGUGCUCUGAAAACAGUAAAACAGGAGGACUUUUGUAGAUUCAGGGACGAGACGUAGUCACACAAGCACAAAACACCAUGGUAUUUGUGCGUGCCAACGUGAUAAAGAUUUCAGACGACAGUGUUUCUUUAAGAUUCAACAACGGAACCAAAAACAAAAGAAAAGAGAAGCGAACUUUACAUCUUUAUCUCGUAUUUGCAACUUUGCACCAACUGACUAAAGCACAAUUCUUUACUACAAAUAAUAUGCAUAGUGUCGCUUUCGAAAGUGGCAAUGUUUGGCUAAGUGUUUCCAAGUUGAGUGAUUGAUCGAAGGUAUUUUACUUAUUUGUUUUUGUUAGUUUCCUUCUCCGGCCAGUUGCGAAUGACGGGUGGGGCUAGGAUAAGGCUUUCUCUAAUUUUAAUCGUUCUUUUCUGCGUAACACUAACAGCGAUUUACAGGUGGACAGUUAGUACACCUGUGAGUUGACAACUGUAAAUUGAAGGUUGUUUAUUCGAUCGUAAUUUGUAAUAUACACAAAUUAACCUGCGGUAGUCGGCGAUGAUAAUAAAUACUGUAAUUUAACAUUCGCA